GCCCUGGAAUGCGGGGGAGGAGGCAGAGAUGUAGUCUGAGCAGUUUGGGGCUGCCUGGAUUUGUUUGGGGCAUGAACUGGGAGAUGUGUGCUGGGAAGAGGCUGCUGAGCUGUCACCUGAUGCACAACAUCCCUGAUGCGGGCACCUGGAUGUUGGGAAGUAUCCCAGGAUUCCUUUGAUGUGCUUCCUCUGGCUUUGCUCCAAGCAGGAGCUUCCCGCGGGGCUGCCGAGCAGCCGGCAGAGGAGCUCUGAGGAAGCCCAGCCCGGGGGAAGUUGAAAGGCGAACUUUGAAGGCGAAGGAAGUCGGGGCUCCGCGCUCCGGGAGUGGCCGCGCCGCCGCCGUGUCCCCGUCCUGCUGCUCCCGGGAGCGGCUGCGGCUGCCAGAGGACAAGCCGCGUUUGCUGCUGCUCUCUGCCGCCUCAUUUCCAGCAGAAGAAGAAUGCCAACACGAAGAUGAAGUAGAGCGUUUCCUACGCUGGCCGCACGCCGGUGUCGGCUGGGUAGGGACGGCCUCUGCCUCUGGCCAAACCCAUUGCAGGGACAACAAGAUGAAGCCAAGGAGGAGCUUCCCACCACGCUGGAGCCGCAGUGAGUGCUGCCCACUUUAAAAAGCCCAUGUGCCACCGUCCCCGGCGAGAUGAAAGAAGUGGUGCUGUGGUCACCCGAGGAGGUGACCGGCUGGCUGACGGACAAUGCCGUGCCGGAGUACUGUGAGCCCCUGAAGAACUUCACCGGGCGGGACCUCAUCAACCUGACGGAGGAGGAUUUCAAGAAAUCCCCUCUGUCCCGGGUGUCUUCCGACAGCGGGCAGCGGCUGCUGAACAUGAUCGAGGGGCUGAAGAUGGCUCACCACAUGGAGGCUCACAAGAAUGGCCACGCCAACGGGCACGUGCGCGCCGGCGACGCCGCGCGCCAGAACGGCUUCGGCGCCGCGCUCAAGCUCAAUGGGGGCAUCCCCAACGGGUUCAAGAAGGAGAUGAUCAAGAUCCCCAUGCCCGAGCCGGAGCGCUCGCAGUAUCCCAUGGAGUGGGGCAAGACUUUCCUGGCUUUUAUUUAUGCACUUUUUUGUUUCGUCUUCACCACGGUGACUAUCUCGGUGGUUCAUGAACGAGUGCCUCCCAAGGAGGUGCAGCCUCCGCUCCCAGAUGCAUUUUUUGAUCGCUUUGAUCGGGUGCAAUGGGCUUUUUCUAUUUGUGAAAUCAACGGCAUGAUCCUUGUAGGACUGUGGUUUGUUCAGUGGCUGCUCUUAAAAUACAAGUCUAUAAUUAGCAGAAGGUUUUUCUGUAUCGUUGGCACACUAUACCUGUACCGGUGCAUUACCAUGUAUGUGACUACACUCCCAGUACCUGGAAUGCAUUUCAAGUGUUCUCCAAAGCUCUUUGGAGACUGGGAAUCUCACCUGAGAAGGAUAAUGAAGUUGAUUGCUGGCGGAGGCUUGUCCAUCACGGGCUCCCACAACAUGUGUGGGGAUUACCUGUACAGCGGCCACACCGUCAUCCUCACCCUCACCUACCUGUUCAUCAAAGAGUAUUCCCCACGGCGACUCUGGUGGUACCACUGGCUCUGCUGGGCUCUCAGCAUGGUGGGGAUGUUCUGCAUCCUCCUUGCUCAUGACCACUACACUGUGGACGUGGUGGUGGCUUACUACAUCACUACAAGGCUAUUCUGGUGGUACCACACAAUGGCCAACCAGCAAGUGCUAAAAGAAGCUUCCCAAACGAACCUCCUUGCAAGGGUGUGGUGGUACAAGCCCUUCCAGUACUUUGAGAAGAAUGUGCAAGGCAUUGUACCUCGCUCGUACCACUGGCCCCUGCGGUGUCCGGCGCUGGCGCGGGGCCGGCAGGUCAAGUACAGCCGCCUGGCGAGUGACACCAGGUAACAGCAGUGUCACCCCGCAGGACCUGCCCCAAGUGCUCACACCUCCCAGAGAAGAUGCCAUAAACAAACACCCACCGCUCCCCGAGCCCUUUCUUUAGCAGCUCCCCCCUGGACCUGACCUGUUCAGUUACCUGGUAAGCACUGUGAUCUUUUUUUCUCUCCAAAGGAUCUGCGUUGGACAACAAUAAAAGAGAAUUUAACUGAUCAUGCACUGUUAUACAUUUCUUGUUGGUAGAGUUGGGAUUUGCAUUUUGCCCAUCACCAUUGUUCCUUUGUAUAUGAUGCGACAACAUAGAUGAAAAAGCUUUUAUAUCAUGAGUUCUGGUCUUUCCAGUCACGUCUGGGAACAAAGCAUAUUAUUUUCUUGGGAAAACAUACUUUUCAUAUCUCUUGCCCCAAAGAUUGGGCUGUAAGCCAUUUUCUAGCAAAUGACUAUAUGAAGGUUUCUAAAUAUCUGCCUUGGGUGAAAUCAAGAAAUCUUUCUACCUGUUGCACCUGCGCUACGAAUAAGAUGACAGACACAGAAAGGUUUGGUAAAUCCUGAUUUUGUAGAUUCUGCAGUGACUGACUGUGUCAAAAAAGUGCAAAAAAAAAAAAAAAGAAAAAAAAACAAAAAAAAAAAGAGAGAAAAAAUGUAAAGUGAUUUUCUAAGUAUUUCCUAACUUUAUUUUUCAAAAUGUGUAUGAAAAUAAAAAAAAUUAAAUUUAAAAAGAUUUUUACAUGUCAGAGAAUAGAGAGUUAAAAAAAAAUUUAAAGAAAAUGCUUCUUGGGAGAGAGAGAGAUUUGUCUAUGUUUCUAGUGCCUUUCUUGUCUUGAUUGUAUGGUCAGUAGGCAGUCUUAAAUGUUUUUAUUUAAAAUAAAGUAUUCCAUGAAAGCAGAAUUAUAUAUACUGUAUAAUUACUAAUUUUUGCAUUUAUAGCUAAAUUAAACUGGAAAUUUGCUUAUAAUAUUGAAAUUGCCACGUGUAGGGAAAAGCCUCCCACCCCACCAAAUACAAAAGGGUCCGACCUUGCUCACACAUUGUGGGCAGGUCAAGCUAAAAAAGAAUCACUUUAUUGUUCUACUUGGUAGCUGGGUUUUAAAAAGCAAAACAGCCAUGAAUUCCUGUUUUUUAAGAAUUUUACAGAUGAUCACUGAGUGAACUAUGAAUGGUUUCUCCAUCCCCUUAUCGGAGUGUUGUUGAAAAACAACAAAGAUAAUCUAUUUCUUUAAAAUAUUUGUGCAGAAACUGCAUGGAAUUCUUAAGUUUCCACUCCUACCAUACAUACUGUAUGUUUGGGGAAGUCUCCUAUCCUAAAACUUGCCAAUGUGCAGAACAAAAAUAGUUUUUAUAAAAAAAACAAAAAAAAGAAAAGAAUGAAGAAGAGAAAAA